AUGGCCCCACUGGGGCCCCAGCCUGGGCUCCAGCCCUGGCCCCAGCCUGGCCCAGCCUGUGGGCCCAGCUCCGCCCGCCUGUGCUCCAGCUCCUGCCCCAGCCUGGGCCCCAGCCCGAUCCCGCCCGGCCCAGCUCCAGCCUGGGCCCAGCCCCCUGGCCCCGUGCCCCAGCUCCGCCUGCCUCCGGCCCGACCCGCCCCUCAGCCGUCCCAGCCCGCCCAGCUCUGCCCCCAGCUCCGCCCCAGCCUGCUCACCACCGCUCAGCCCCGCUCAGCUCAGUGCCUGCCCAGCCUCAGCCUCCAGCCCUGCUCCAGCCUGCCCGCUCCUGCCCGGCCUCAGCUGCCCAACAGCCUGCUCAGCCCUGGGCUGCCUGGGCUCCGUGCCAGCUCAGCCUGCGCCCAGCCUGCUCCCAGCUCACCAGCUCAGCCCCAGCCCCCGGCCCCAGCCCACCCUGCCCAGCCCUGCUCAGCCUGCCUCAGCCCUCAGCCUGCUCAGCCAGCCCCCCAGCUCAGCCUGGCUCCAGCCCUGCCUCGCCUGCCUGCCCUGCUCAGCCUGCUCACCUGGCCAGCCUGCCUGGGCUCACGCCCGCCCAGCCUGCUCAAAGCCUGCCCCUUCAGCCCUGCCCCAGCUCCCAAAGCCAGUCUGCCCCAGCCCCAGCCUCCUGGCCUGCCAGCCCGCCCCAGCCCGCCCCAAAGUUCUGCCCCCAGCCCCAGCCCGCCCCAGCCCCAGCCCAGCCCUGGGCUCAGCCUGGGCCCCAGCCCGGCUCAGCUCCUGCCCAGCCCGGGCUCAGCCCCCCAGCCCGCCCAGCCCGCCUCAGCCUGCCUCAGCCUGGGCUCCAGCCCUGCUCAGCCUCACGGCCCGGGCUCCGCUCACCGCCUGGCUCAGCCCCAGCUCACAGCCUGCACCAGCUCAGCCGUCAGCUCCCAGCCUGGGCUCAGCCUGGCCCAGCCCCGGCUCAGCUCAGCUCAGCCUCAGUCGCCCAGCCUCCGCCUCAGCCCUGGCCCGCCCUGCUCAGUCAGCCUGCCUGCCCCCAGCCUGGCCCGCCUCAGCUGCCUGGGGCCUCAGCCUGCCUGCCUGGGCUCAGCCCGUCUCAGCCUGGGCUCAGCCUCCGUCGCCUGGGCUCGCCCAGCUCCCAGCUCAGCCUGGCCCAGCCUGCCUCAGCUCACGCCUGCCUGCCUCAGCCCAGCCCAGCCUGCCCCAGUCCCCAGCCUGGGCUCAGCCUGGGCCUCAGCCUGCUCAAAGCCUGCCUGCCCAGCGCCUGCUCAGCCUGCUCAGCCUGCCUCAGCCCUGGGUUCAGCCCUGGGCCCCAAAGCCCCAGCUCCCAGCCUGCCUGCCCAGCCCCCGUCUGCCCCAGCCCUGCCCCAGCCCCUGCCCAGCCCAUCUGCACUCCGCUCAGCCUGGGCUCCAGCCUGGGCUCCAGCCACAGCUCAGCUCCUGGGCCCCAGCCCCAAAGCUGCGCCCAGCCCAGCCUGUGCCCUGGGCUCAAGCCCUGCCCAGCUCAGCUGCCUGGGCUCCAGCCCGUCAGCCUGGGCCCAGCCUCCGGCUCACCAAAGCCUGCCCAGCCACUGGGCCUGCCCUCCAGCUCAAGCCCGGGCUCAGCCCGCCCAGCCUGCCUGCUCAGCCCUGGCCUCAGCCUGGGCUCAGCCUGGGCUCAGCCUGCCCCCGCCCAGUCACCAGCCUGCCGUCAGCCUGCUCAGCUCUGCCUGCCUGCUCCAAAGCCACCAGCUCCACUGCCCAGCCUGCCUGCUCUGGGCCUCAGCCUGCUCUCAGCCUCACCAAAGCCUGCUCAGUUCUCCCUGGUCCAGCCCUCAGCCCCACUGCCCCAGCCCAGCCCGGCCCAGUCUGUCCUGCAGCUCAGCCCCAGCCCCGGUCCCAGCCCGCCCAGUUCUGGCCCCAGUCCCGCCUGCCCCCUGCCUGUGCCCGGCCCCAGCCCAGUCCCUGCCCCAGCCUGCCGCUCCAGCCCCUGCCCUGCCCAGCCUGGCUCAGCCUGGCCCCAGCCCCCCAGCCCGCCCAGCCUGGCCAGCCCUGCCCUGGCUCAGCCAGCCCAGCCGUCCGCCUCAGCCCCCGCCCCAGCCUGGCCUCCGCCUCAGCCUCCAGCCUCACCCGCCCAGCCCCUGCCCAGCCCGUCGUGCUCCAGCCUGCCCGCCCUGCUCAGGUGCCUGGGCCUGCCUGCCCGCCCCAGCCUGCCUGCUCCGCCCAGCCACCGCCUCAGCCCCGGCCUGCCUGCCCAGCCUCACCAGCCCGGCCCAGCCUGCUCAGCCUGCCUGCCUGGGCUCAGCUCGCCUGGCUCCCAGCCCAGUCAGCCCUGCGCCUGCUCCCAGCCUGCCCAGCCCAGCUCCGCCUCAGCCUCCCGCUCCAGCCUGCUCAACAGCCUGGCCCCAGCCUGGCCUCAGUUUCCUGCCUCAGCCUCACCGCCUGCCUCAGCCUGCUCCCAGCCUGCUCAGCUCAGCCUGCCUGCCUGCCUGCCUCAGCCUGCUCAGCCCUGCUCAGCUCGCCCUGGCCUGCCGUCCAGCCCAGCCUGCUCAGCCUCCUGGGCCUCACCAGCCUGCCCGGCUCUGGCUCAGCCUCCGCCAGCCUGCCCAGCCCUGGGUCCCAGCCUCACCAGCCUCCGCUCCAGUCCUCCAGCCUGGGCUCAGCCCGUCAGCCCCAGCCAGCCCCAGCCCUGCCUCCAGCCUGCCUCAGGCCCCCAGCCUCCGGCCCAGCCCGGCCCAGCCUGCUCCCAGCCCCUGCUCAGCCCGUCAGGCCUGGCUGCUCACAAAGCCUGCUCGUCAGCUGCCCACCAGCCCCACAGCCUGCUCCCAGCCCCGCCUGCCCAGCUCCGCUCAGCCCUCAAAGCCCCCAGCUCCAGCCUCCGCCUGCCCCAGCCAGCUCAGCUCCUGCUCAGCUCACCAGCCUGGGCUCAGCUCCGUGCCCCAGCCCAGCCUGCCUCAGCCUGUCUGGGCUCAGCUCUGCUCAAAGCUCACCCUGCCUCAGCCUGUGCCUCCAGCUCUGCCUGGGCCUAGCCUCAGCCUGCCUCACCAGUCUGCCUGGGCUUUAAAGCUGUGCCUGCUCAGUCGGGCUCAGCUCACAAUGCCUGCUCAGCCUGCUCAGCCUGCUCAGCCUGUUGCCUGCUCGUCAGCCUGCUCAGUGCCUGUUGCUGCUGCCGUUUCAAAGCCUGCUCAGCCGGCCUAG